ACCUAUAUUUCUCCGCUCUCUUUAUAUUUCUCGAUACCUGCACUGCUCGAGGAGCAAAAGCAAACGCGAACUGAGUCGAGCGAGUUCGGUCUGAGUCCUUUCAUUUCUAGGGUUUUACUUUUGCUGAAAUCGCCACGAGAUGAGUCGUCUUCCCGAAGUGAAGUGGGCGGAGAGGUUGGACAAAGUUUACCUUACAGUGAUGUUACCUGAUGCCAAAAAUGCAAAAGUCAAUCUCGAACCUGAUGGUGUGUUUACUUUCUCUGCUACUGCUGGGGCAGAAAAUCACUCUUUUGAGUUGAAGUUGGACCUUCAUGAUAAGGUUAAUGUAGAGGAAAGCAAAAUAAAUAUUGGGGUUAGAAGCAUAAUCUGCGUGAUUGAGAAAGCGGAGAGGGGAUGGUGGAAGAAGCUAUUGCGUGGUGAUGAUAAGACACCACACUAUGUGAAAGUUGAUUGGGACAAAUGGGUAGAUGACGAUGACGACACUGGCCCUGCUGGUGAUUUGGACUUGGGAGGGAUGGAUUUCUCGAAAUUUGGGGGAAUGGAAGGCAUGGGUGAGGACUUUGAUGAUAGUGAUGAUGAAGACCAAGAAGUGGAAAAGCCGGAAACUGCAGAAAAAGCUGAAGUGGUCGAGGAGGCAGAAGAAGCUCACCAGGAGGUAAAAACAGAAGCUGCUCCAAGUUCAUAAAAAGGGGCGGCUUUUUUCUUUUCUCAUGGCAACCAACUAUAGCGGGUGUGGGUUGACGUAAGAGAAUUAUUGAGGUAGGUGUUUGUCACCGCAUGAUCAGCUGAAUGCGUGCGAUGUCUGAUAAUACCAAAGUUCCUGUUUUCGAUCUGGGAUUUUAGUUUGCUUGAGUGGUAAGGGACUUUUUUGGCUUAGGAUGUAUUUGAAAUUGGGUUUUACAUGAUAGCAUGACAAUAGACAUAAGUAUGGUAUUAUCUCAUGUAUCUGUUCCUUUUCAUCUAUCCGAUCUGAUGAUUCUGACC